AGCUGCGACCAUAGUGUUUUUUUUGAAGGAACAACGGGGUAGAUCCCAACUAGAAGUAGAAUUCAACUCGUCGCUUGUGAAUAACUCUCAUCUACUAUAAUUCUCGUAUACUCUCUCGAAGAUCGUUGGGCGGACCGGGGGUCGUUACACGAUAAAGAACGGUGAGAAGGAAACCUCGCUACACCAGCAUCGUCACCCAAAGAAAUCUUUUCAAGCGCCACUCAUUGAUUUCCAAUCCGUAUAAUCGUACAGUAAACCACCUACCGAGACUGCAAAAAUAUCAAACAACAGCACGAUGGUUCGUUUUCGUCUGUUGCGUGUCUUUUCAUCCGCCCUGGUGCCUCUUCAUCAUUGUGGUCGUUCUUCAUGGCAGCUGCACCUCUUCUUCUGCUGCUCGAGGUUGGCGGCGCUUGGUACUACAGGAGGCAAGGAACAAGUUGCGGACGUGAAAAAUAUUGUGGGUAAGAAGACGAGCAACAGUGAGAAGGAUCACGACCGCGGAGGAGGAGGAGGAGGUAGUAGAUAUGGAAAGCAGAAGGCAGAAAUGGAAGUUGACGCGGAAGGAACAAAUCACGCGGAUGCGGAUCCACCAUCAGUUCAAUAUUUUACUGCGGAUGAAGAACAAGACCAAGAGCAGGUGCAAGAUCAACAAGAAGAUCGUUCUUGGGACGAAGCGCGUCCCGCGAGAAAAAUCGUGACGAAGCAAGCAUCGACCGCAGCAGAUUUUUUCCAACUGAAGACGCAGAACAGAAACACACAAACUGAAGGACAACUGCAGUUUCUCGCGAGAGAAAACGAAGGGAAUAAAUUGUUUUUGAACACGAGAACGGAAGAACACAUCGCCAGUACUACAGCUACAGAGAAGAAGCGCCUGUUGUCGCAACAGGAGGAACUACAUCAUCAAGCAGAGAGCAGGAACAGUCUCAGUCAAGCUCAAGCUCGUGGUAGUGGCUUUUGGCGCGGUGGGGAGCAGAACACGACCAGCGACAGCUUGGCGACCGCCGAUGGGGGAGACCAAAAAGAGAAGAAGUUGUCGGAGGGCGAGCCCGGAUCGGCUUCAUCUGCGGGAGCAGGACCGACUCGCAAAAAUGAGCUGCAGCAUCUGGUUCGUCAACCGGUGCCUGGCUCCCUGAGGAAGGAGUUUACCGUUGGACCCUUUGGCGUGGAGCAGGGCUUGGCAGCGUUCGCUACCUCGUGGACGCACCACACCCUGAAGAUGAAAGCGGAGGUGGUCGACUGUGAGGAAAGUGAAAGUGGUGCCGAUGUUGACAGCAGGAACACCGGCGGACCUUCUACUUCGAGCGCGGGAACUUCUGCCAGUAGGGACAUCCGCUUGGUUUACGUCUUCUCGGAAGAGCUCUCCUCCGCCGUGGUGGAGCAUUGCAAACAGGCGGUCCCGGAGGACCAUCGGCAGUUGGCCAGUGCGGAUCGUGGCAGUGCUGCGGCCGCAAGACAGCUAUGCAAAGAAAAAAAUUUUACAGUAACACAUUGUGAUGCAAAACAUGCAAAACAGACGACCUCAUUUAUAAUGCGCAAAAUGCUUGCGAGUAUGAUCUCUGCAUUAAUAUGCUGAAUUCACUACAAAUGUGUAACUGUUGUAACACUUUUUUCCUUGGAUAACUGGCCGCGGGCGCAUACAAUUACCCACACGAAAAAAUAUUAAACGCCAACCCUGUACUAGGUCGUGACCACGUUGAACCAGAUGCACAGCGGCCCCCACGUACGCUGGUCGUCAGGCUCUGGUUUCCCACGAAAUUUGCGCGGGGUGCCUUUUUUUCUGGGGAGGACCGCACGGUGUACCGCCGGAAGUUCUACGCGCGCCGCCCCAUCUAUGGAAGUGUCAGAAUCAAAAUUGACAAAAUCGAAAAAUUUGUGAUGCACAAAAUCGAUACCAGUUGAAGCCUCAGCUUUCAAGUGGCGCAUGACAAAUUUCGGGAGCACCAAAAUCCAGUUUGUCAUGCUGUUUGGGCAAAGAAGACUGCUCCUCUCAUGCUACUCUGGCAGUACAUGUUUAGGACUAAACUGGCGUGCAAUCGGUCUCAUUUGCCUCCUCUCCAACACAGGCCUUAUGUGCUCUACGUUUUAUGCAUUACAAAUUUUUCGAUUUUGUCGAUUUGGAUCCUGACACUCCCAUACCAUCCCGGAGUACAUCGAGGACAUCUCUUAUGCAAGAAAAAAACUGUGUAAGUGUAAAUCUGUAAUGCAGAACACGCAACAGAGUUACCAGACAGACAUGAAGUUCUCUUUUCCUGUGUGUUUUCCCUUACAAGCCACGCAUGACAGGUUUUCUCUGUCAUGUAGAGCAAAUUUGUGAUGCUGUCAGCCCAAGAUAGUUACACCAACACAGUUUUUUUCUUGGAUAUCUCUCGUCCGGAAGGAGAAGCCCUGUCCUUCGCGACGACGUUUCUGCAGGUGAUAGAGGCGGUUCGCCUUCAGCUCCACGACGGAAAGGAUUUUCUCCUCAGGGAGGACAGCGUCGGCGCAAGUCCAGCCCGCCCGGGACCGAGAAUCAUGCGGACGCUGGUCGGGAAGCGGCUGAGUGCCGUGACGGCGUGGCAGAUUUUCGCGACGUCUCCGGUGCAUUUAUUUGACCAGCUUCUGCUGAUUGAUCCGGAUUUCCCGACCUGCAGCACCCUAGGACAGUGCACAACUCUCCCUCGUCCCCCUCAUUUUACGCCUUGGCCCUUGAUGGCACUGUUUGCAUGACAAGUAGUUCUGGCAGCCGAGUAAAUAGCACUACACUCCUGGCCAAAUUUGUCAUGUAAAACGUGUAUUCUUGCUGACGCUUGUAUUGCUCCUGUUGAUGCAAUACUACAAAUGAGGGGGAGGGCGAGUUGUGCACUGUCAUACACCCGGUAUCUGCUGCAGAAGGUUGGCGUCAAGUACGCGGAGAGCUCCAAACUCGCCGGCAGUCCGGAAGCGCGCGCGAAUCUCCGCUUCGGCUUGCAGCCGCGCGCGAAUCCCGAGAAUACGGAGGCGGCGAAGGCCGACAAUCUGGCCGCAGAGGACCUGAUUGCCGAACUGUCGGACGCCACGUACACGUCCCCGGCGGAGUAUCUGAAGUUUCGGGACUACCUCGAAUAUUUGUACGACGACAGGAAAGACGGCCCCGUCACCCUCACGUCCGCCACCAACUCGGUCCAGGACCAGUUUCCUGGGGAGAGGGAGCUUGUGCUCCCAAUCAUCAACCAGUACAUCUCGUCUACUCGGGAAGAGGAACAAGAAGCCAAGAUGCGACAUCAACUGUACCACGGUGCAGUGGACCUUGUUGAAAACGACGCUGCGGCGGAGGCGUGGGCGGUGCGACGGGCGGCCCGGGUGGCGUACCCCGUCACGCUGAGCGAGUUCGAGCACGAGAAGGAGUAUUUCAAUACCCACAAUUUCCCCGUCUACCUGGGCGUCGCGAGCCUGGCCUCCGGCACGCCGACGAAAAUUGCGAUGGCGCAGAAGUUUUUCUUCCUCCAGGAGCAGCUGGACAAGCACUGCUACGGUGCCGCGGAAGACCCCACCUGCCCACAGGUGACGCCGGAGGAGAUAUCAACAUGAAAAAUCCCCCCUUCUCGUCGUCGUCGUGGUCCCCAUAUUCAAAAAAAAACUUGAACUUCUGAUGCUGGAUUUCUUUCCGUACACAAAUAAUAAUAAGCUCCGUCUUGCACUUGCAAAUGGGGACUGCAGGCACAUCCCUAGCCUGUCUAGGAGCGGCAUUCGGGUGUAGCUGCUGCUGUUCAUGGCAAACGGCCCAAAAUAAAGCAUGUGAAAUCACGACCUCCACAAUAGGGCGCACAGACUAGACAUGCCUUCCUGCAAAACAAAGCUGGUCUGUGGCGCCAAAUCUGCAACACAAACUGUCCUUUUAAGUACGGGGAGGGAGGAUUGUCGCUCACAAUAGGAGACGCGUAAUUUUCGCCGGACAAAACUGCACCAGCGCAAACUUGACAGCACCAGAAACCGGCUGUUCCGGGAGCAGUGGCUGGACCGCCUGCAAGAAGAGUAUGCGGACUUUAUUUCGCGGUGGUGUCCUCUCACGACAGAGGAAGUGGAGGACGCCAAGAACAGUACGCUCGUGGAGGAUCUGCCACUUCGGAUAGCCUGAUCAAAAACGUCCCCACCCCAGAGUUCGUUGUCAUGCAGGUUUCUUUGCAAUUAGUUGGCAUGCGUGACUCCCAAAACUUCUGCAUUUGUGAUGCUAAGAUCCCAAGAACUUGACUCUGGGUGGGGGACGUUUUUGCUCAGGAUUUCAGGGGAGCGAGAAGACCUAUCGCGGAGCGAGAAGACCUACCGCGCCGCGCAUCGGAGGACGCCGCGCGGGGUCCCAAAGUCUUCGAGUACGGUCUCAUCGGCAAAACCAGUUGACGGGGAACGAGGCUGCGGACGAUAUGAAACAGAGUCCAGGUGGACCACGACGAGAUAUGACUACCCCACAGAACCUCAAAGCUUCUAGCAAGUGCGAGUCGACGUUUGCAGUUGCACCCCCACCACGGAAGAUCGCUGUGCUGUACGGCAUAUCAAAUGUAAAAAUGUCUGGGUCCUCUGGAAGGGUUGGAACUUGUGAUGCAAACUCUGGAACACACAAAAAUUUGUGUUGCAUGAGCGCGAAAAGCUGUCCAUUUCUUGGUACGCACGUAGGAAGUUUCUCAUGCGGGACAGGCAUCAUGAGGCGUGCUCAAAACCUGUGAUGCUUUUGCCUGCAUCAGACGCCAUUUGUGUGAUCGGAAAUAUGCAUGACACAUCUCGCAAUCUUCCAGACCCAGACAUUGUUGCAUUUGAUACGGCAACGACCUGCCACGGCCCGCCGACGGGUCGAUCACACCGAACAUGUUCGAUUGGAUUCCUUUAUCAAAUGCAAACAUGUCUAGGUCUGGAAACUUGUGAUGCUAAAAUGUGCAUGAUGAAAGCACUUCCGAAUGCAGUCCGGCAUGAUAACUUCCCAAAACGCUUUCUCAUAGGCAAUUCGCAUGAGAAACAUGCAAUGAUGAUGAUGAUAAUGACAAAAGAGGCUGCGAGUUUUGUUGGUUAUGCAAUACAGAUUCUCUAGGUAUGGAAAGCUAGCAUUACAAGUUGCAAUCUUCCAGACCCAGACAUUUUUACAAUCCAUAUCCUUUCCAAGCCGCUUUGUUUGUGGACCACGUGAACCACUUGAACUUGCCGAACUUGCAAGUGAAACAGGACAAGUUUGUACAGGGAGAGGACGGCACAACGGACAGCCCGGCCACCGUCGCGCUAGGCUUCAAGCUACUGGGGGGUUUGUAG